AUGUCUCGUGGCUCGGGCGCGACGAUACUCAGGGAUAGGAACCAGCUCGGAGCCUUCGACCGCAUCCGAGCGAUACGCGAGGGCAAGGGCAAACGCAGUGCGUUCCUCGAGGACUUCGCGUCCGACGGCCCCGAGUCCCCGGACCCACCGACGCCCCCCGAGCCGUCCCGCGAGGAUCUCCCUAGCAGGCAGAGUAGCCUCAGCUCGGAAAACGCCCCGAGUCAGAUGCUCGACUCCGACUCCGACUCCGACGACGCUUCCGCUCGCCCCGCGAGGCGACGACUCGUCAAGAAGUCCCAGCUCAACGAUGACAAGGAGGAGGAGGACCGGCGGGUGUCGAUCGGGAGCCCUAUCCGCGGUCAGCGCCGCAAGAUCGGCCGAGGCCUCGCGGACUCGGACUCAUCCGACGACGACGACGACGAAGCCGCCGACGACGACGAAGACUCCGACGACGACUACGCCCCGGCGGACGCCGGCGACGAUCUUUCCGACGCCAUCGGCGCCGUCACCUUGAGCGAGGAACCCGUGACGUACCGCCCGAAGGCGCCGGCGUCCGUCGCAUCCCCGCGACCCCCGCCGUUCGCCCCGGUGAUGCCCGAUCGCGCGACGACGGCGACGACGGCGACGCCACCCGGACCAAACCGGACCAAACCGGACCAAACAGGACCGACCCGCGCGACCCUGAGCGUCACCGACGUCAUCGCCGCGCGCGCGAAGGCGCCCCCCGCGCGGAACGAGCCCGCGCCCGCGCCCAAGAAGCGCGCGGCGCCCGCCCCGCGCGCCCCCACGAAGGCGCCUCCAUCCGCUCCGAGAGACUCGGCGCCGGCGGAGACCGCCGCCGUCCGCGACCCGGCUCCGGCUCAACCGCUCAACGAUCCGACGUCCGCCGGUGACGCCCCGGGCCAGCACAAGGAGGCCCAGCACAAGGAAGCCCACAAGAGGCCCAUGCGACUGAAGGGCAAUACGGAGGGUGGCCCGCGGUUCGAGCUUGCGGGGGACCUCGCGUCGCGGCUUUACGACCACCAACGCGACGGCGUUCGUUGGAUGUGGAACCUUCAGCUGUUGGGUCGGGGCGGGAUCCUCGCCGACGAUAUGGGCCUCGGUAAGACGCUGCAGGUGGCGGCGUUCGCGUCCGGUCUGCUGCGAAGCGGAGCGGCGCGACGGUUCCUGGUCCUCGCGCCCACCACGCUGUUACCCCACUGGCACAAGGAGUUCAUCGUGGCUGGUUUGAGGGACGGGGUGAACCUUCACAAGUUUGCCGGCGGCGGUUCGAGGGCGGACCGCGACCGGGCUCUGUCCAAGGUGCGCGCCCACGGCGGCGUCCUGCUCACCACCUACGGCAUGGUGCUCCACAACGACGACUCGCUGGGUGCGCCCGCGUCGGAGGAGGACGCCGAGAAGGUGGCCGCCGCGAGCGGCAGGGGCGCGGCGGUGGCGGCGCAAGACAUGCCCCCCGGCGCCAAGGAACUCCACUGGGACUGGAUCGUGUGCGACGAGGGACACAAGCUCAAGAACCCGAACGCGCAGCUCCCGCGAAAGGUCCGGACCCUCCCCUCCUCGCACAGGCUCAUAAUCACCGGCACGCCCAUACAGAACCACCUCGCGGAGCUGUGGGCGCUCUACGACUUGUGCUGCCCGGGUCUCCUCGGCGACGAGGCAGAGUUUCGGAGGGAGUACUCCAAGAAGAUCGCCGCGGGGCAGAGCAGGGACGCGACCCAGAGGCAGCGGUCGGCCGGGGCGCGCGCGAGCGAGGAGCUGCGGAACAAGUGCAAGCCGUUCAUGCUCCGCCGAGAGAAGUCGUCCGUGCUCGCGAGGGCCAAGGAGGAGGAGGAGAAGGAGCGAAAGGCGGCGCAAAACGACCCAGAGGCGCGAAACGCAGCCGCCGCCGCCGCCGGGCCCCGCACCUCCAUCGAGGCGUCCACCACCGGAUGGGCCGGCGUGAAGCACGCGCCCCAGCAGCUCGGCACCAAGAACGACCUCAUCGUCUGGCUCCCCCUGCGCCCCGCCCAGGAGCGGCUCUACCGCGCCUUUCUCAAGUCCAACACCGUUCGGUCGGCGCUCAACAAGACGGGCUCAGCCCUCUCCGCGAUUAACAUCCUGAAGAAGAUCUGCGACCACCCGGCGCUGUGCCUCGCCAUCACGGAGACCUCCGCCGCGGACGCCGCGGCGACGAGCCACGUCGCGAGAUCAUCCCCGUCCAGAUCCCCCGCCAGGGACGGCCGCGAGGAGGGCGAGGAGGGAGACGAGGAGGAGGAGGACGGGGACAAGCGCGAGGCGAGGCGGCUCGCCGUCGCCGCCGCCGUCGCCGCCGCGGGUCUCACGGAAUCGGACCUCGGAGGCGCGCCCGACGCCUCUGGAAAAUGCGCGUUUCUGAUGUCCCUGCUCCGGCACCUCGCGAGCAGCGGUCACAGGACCCUGGUGUUCAGCCAGUCGCGAGCGAUGCUCGAUGUGCUGGAAUCCGCCGCCCGCGCCGACGGCCACGACCUGGUUCGCAUCGACGGCAAGGUUCCCGCGGACGAGAGGCACGCCCGGGUGGAGCGAUUCCAGUCCACGCCGUCCAUCCCGCUGGCGCUGCUCACCUCGCAGGUGGGCGGCCUCGGGCUCACGCUGACCGCCGCGGAUAGGGUCGUCAUCUACGACCCCGCGUGGAAUCCCGCUGCAGAUUCGCAAUCGGUGGACCGAGCGUAUCGCAUCGGCCAGACCAAAGACGUCGUCGUGUACAGGCUCGUCACCUGCGGGACCGUCGAGGAGAAGGUGUACCGUCGACAGGUGUUCAAGGGAGGGCUCUCCCGCGCCGGGACCCAGGACGGGAACCACUUUAGGUACUUUAGCGCCGACGAGACGAGCCAGCUGUUUGAAUUUUCCGACGACGCCGCGCGCGGGUCGAAGACGCAGAAAGAGCUCGAGCGGCUGCACGCGCACCAGCGCCGGUGGACGGCGGAGCUCGCGAACGUCGAGGCGCCCGUGAUCGAACGACUCGGGUGCGUCGGGGUGUCCGAUCACGACCUGCUGUUCAGCAAGGAGGACAGCACGAAGGCCGGCGACGGCGCCAGCGUGCUCUCCGCCGGGGGGGGCGGCGGGGGCAGGCCGGGCGGGGGCGGCGGCAAGGCGACGGGGGCCAAGGAUAAGGGGGGCAAGGGCGCGCGGGGCGGGUGGAAGGGAGUGGACGCGGGCUGGGGCGGCGAUGCGAGGCUCGCGGGGCUCGCCAUCGCCGCGGGGUCCGCCGUCGCCGCGCCGCCCUCCUCCUUUGCGUCGUCGUCGCGUCCCCUCGAGGCGGACAAACCCCCGAAGACGACCAGGAGUAAAGCCGCGGAGAGGCUCGAGACGCUGAUGGCGCAGCGGGAUAAGCAGAAGAUGCUCCUGUCCAUGGACGGCAUGGUGUCCCGGCUGCCGGACAAGGGAAGGAGCAUCGAGGUCCGCAUCGAGGCGUUGGAGAAGGAAAUCGCGGCGGCCAAGGCAGAGCUCAAGGCUAAAUACGGCGCCGGGGCGCCCGCGACGGGGGCGAGCAAGUCGGCCGCGAUGGCGGCGCUGGACGCGCACAUCGCGAGGUCAGCGCCCGCGCGAGCGCCGCCGAGGGACGAAACCGUGCAGGGGGCAUCCGAGGAGCCGCGGGGGGACGGGGGCUCGGACCCCGAGGUCGAAGGCGCCGCGAGCUCGGCGAGGGACGGGAACGAUGCCGGGGAUGCCGGGGGAUCAUAUGCCGAGGAGGACGAAGAGUUGGACGUCACCGCGGAUGCGGACGACGAACUCGGUCGCGCCGAUGGAGCGAUCCUCGCGGUCCGGCGCGUCGCGGGACGGCCGGCGGUGUCGUCCUCGCGCGCGUCCUCGUCCUCGGCCGGCUCCGGGGCGCCGACGGGGGGAGUGGGAAGGGGCGAGAACCUCCCGAAGGGUGCCAGGGCCAAGCGGUUCAGACGCCGCCCGCCGCCCGUCGCGUGCGCGGAGCCCGCGGUGACGACGCAGGCUGACGCCGAGACGACGCGGGCGAACGCGACGCCGGCGGGUGCCGACGACACCGCCGUCGCCACGCACAUCUGCGUCGACUGCGGAUAUCUGUACGUCAUGUCCACCCCGUUCGACGCGCAGAGGGACGACUUCGCGUGCCCGCAGUGCGACGCGCCCAAGUCCCGAUUCGCGGCGUACGACUCAUCGAGCGGGAAGGCGAUCGGGGCGGUCGCCGCAGCGCAGCUUGCUCCGAGGGCCGACGACGAGGAGGCGGAUGGGGAGGUUGGGAACGAUGAGCCCGGGGUUGGCGGUAAGAAGGGGGCGGCGACGAUGACGGCGAGGGAGGUCGGGACGGUGGCGGCGUUCGCGGCGCUCUCCUGCGCCGCGGUGGCGGGCGCGGGGGGACCCGCGGGCGCGGCGGCGGAGGUCACGCGCGCGCUCGAUCUCCUCGUGCAAAAUCACCUCCCGGGCGUCGGCGGCGUCGUGGAGGAUUCCUUCCUCGGGCUGCUCGCCGCGUGCACCGUGUACUGCCUCUGGAGGUCCUCCGUGAUCCCGCGGCCGGUGGGGAACCCGAUCACCCGACGUUCGAGAACCAACGCGUCCUGGGUGCACGUGCUCUCGGGAGCCGGCGCCCUGGCCACCGGUCUGUACGGCGUGGUGCUGGAGAGGGUGUACCGGGAGUCCCCGGGUUGGACGUGGAUGUGGGUGAGCUCGGCGCUCUUCCUUACGAACGCGCUCACCUACGGGCCGCUGAUGCAGAUCUUCAAGGCUUCCAAGGAGGGAAAGUACGCCAUGCAGCUGGGGUACAGCUUCGUCGCGUCGUUCCAGGGGGUGGUGUUCAUCGCGUGGUCCGCGCAGCCGGACGCGCCCGACUGGAUGUACUGGGCCGUCAUGCCGUUUUGGUACUUUUCCGUCGCCAAGCUGUGGGAGUCCACGGAGUUCGUCCUCGCGCUCGCGCCCGACGCCGAGGCGGGAAGCUUCCUGGAUAACGUGACCGCUGGUAGCAAGCAACGUCUGGGGAAGAUGACCCCGGACGCGGCGACGCUGACGUACGUGUCGUUGAACGCCUUCGCGGCGAUAUUCGACAACUGCUACAUGGCGCUGUACACGGCUCUGGGCCCGGAGCAGUUUUGGCACACGAGCCGGGUCUUCAACGACGCGGACUUCCACCUGAGGCUCGUGAAGGGCACCACGGGGAGUUUGACGGUGGCGCUGCUCAUCUUCAUCAGCACCCUGGGAUGGCGGCGGCAGAUGUCCAUGGACGUGGCCAUCUGGCUCAACGUGAUCCUGGGUAGCGUCGGGCCGUGGAUCGUGCUCUUCUGGCACAAGCUGGUGGACCCCUCUGAGGACUGGUUCCCGCAGUUCGUGUUCGACCCGGCGUUCGACUACCACCCGCUAUCCGUCUGGUUCCUGGCGAUCUUCGCGGUCAUCGCGGUGGUGAUCCUCGGUGACUUCCAGGCGAUCUCGGCCGCGAGCUCGACCAUCGAGCUCCCGUGGAGGUCGUCGAGGAGGACAGAGGACGUGGUUAUCAGGGUGGACAUGUCCAAACCGGGGGAUCCGGACGAGUUCAGGAAGAUGCGGGAUCAGUAUAAGGCCAAGAAAGCUUCCCAAGGGGCGAGCGAGGGAGGGGACGCGGCGCAGGGCGAUCCGGGUCAGAAGCGGGAGGACGCGGGUCCGUCGAACGUGCCGGGCGCGCCCGACCUGGCGACGACGGGCUGGGUGGCGUGGCCUCCGCCCAAUCCUCCGCCAUCAAUGCGCGGGGCCGGGGACGGCGGGACCCCGAAGGACGGCGGCGAGCCCUCGAACCUAGGGGACGAACAGGUUGCCUACCGGGAGGCUUCAAGGAAGGUUGACAAAUCAAAUCCAGAGGCGGUUGACAGUCAGGCCGGCGCGGCCGCCGCCGACGUCGACCAGGCGCAGCCCGCGGCGGAGGAGAGUAGCAGCCCGGUGCCUCGUGCCCCCGCGACGCUAGAGAAGUACGGCUGGGUCGCAUGGCCGCCGCCUAACCCGCCUCCGGCGGCGGCGUAG